AUGGUGGAUACUUCUGGUAACGCUAGUCCACGCCGGCUUUCGAUAAUUGUAUCUGAUCCACAGAAGCAGAGAGAUGAUCAAGGAAAGUCGUCUUUUUACGUUACAUAUCAGAUUUCAACCAAGACUGGCGACAACUCAUAUUAUGAAGCAUAUCACAAACAACACAAUCGGCCAGAGAACGAAACCGACGGGGCCGCGGUAGAAAUAAUAGUCGUACACAGGAGGUACAGCGACUUCUUGUUGCUGCAAAGCAUUCUAAGCCAAGACCACCCUACUUGCGUUAUUCCUCCUCUUCCGGACAAGAAAGUGUUUCAGUACAUCGCAGGCGACAGGUUCAGCCAAAGUUUCACUCAGAAAAGAUGCCACAGCCUGCAAAACUUCUUAGGUCGAAUCGCAGAGCACCCUGCAUUGUCGAAAUCACCAAUACUAGUUACAUUCCUAACUAGCAGUGACUGGGAUGCAUAUCGCAGGAGCCUUUCUGGAUCUUUGAAUGGUAAAGAAGAAGUGAGCGACACUUUUAUGAACGCGUUCAAGUCUGUGCAUAAUCAAACCGAAGAGUUUGUAGAGAUCAAGGAAAAAAGUGACAAACUUGAUCAUAAUGUGUCCAAAAUUGACAAGGUCUUUCACCGGGUAGUAAAGCGUCAAGAUUCUAUUUCUGACGAUUAUCUCAAGUUUAGUGCAAACCUGCAAGAACUGCAAGAACUCGUCUCCAAUAGUUCUGCUGAGGAUGAGACAUUAAGGUCUAAAGUUAAGCUCUUCAAUGAAGGGGUGUCACAGCUUUCCUAUGGGCUCAAAGAUUUGAGCAAGUUUUUGGAAUACGAAUAUAUUGUCGACUUGAAAGAUUUGGAGCACUAUAUUGACAGCGUCAAUCAAACAGUAAAAAUAAAAGAUCAAAAGCAAAUUGACUACGAAGAGCUCAGCAACUAUCUGACAAGGUCCGUAAACGAAAAGAAUAAUUUAAUUUCAGGAUACGGAGGAGGAAACUUCUUUACAAGCAAGCUAGAGGAACUUGCCGGGAUUAACCAGGAAGGAGCUCGGCGCGAGAAGAUUUUGAAGCUUGAAACCAAGAUAACUUCUUUGACUAGUGAAGUUGACAAUGCUAAGGAAGUAGCAGAUGCAUUUGAGCGGGAGGUUCUCAAGGAGGUGGCCAUCUUCGAAGAGAUAAAAACUAAGGAGCUGAAAACCUCACUAGCUUCACUGGCCGAUAAUCAGAUCGAAUUCUACAAAAAAAUGGUCGACACUUGGACCAAAGUGGAGGACGGCCUAUGA